GGACGCUUUUUGUGGUGGGACGGAUUAGAGCCAUUGGCAGCCCCAGCGUGCGGAAGCUGGCAGCAGAUGGAAGAAUGUAACCUUGUCGUGCAAUAUCCAUGCUCUGAGAUGUACUGCAAGCUUUAACAAUGUGCAUGAACUAAAUAUGCACGCUUUCCAGUUAUGAAUUUUAAGUGCAUUUGGCAGUUAACUACAUAUCAAGCAGUCAGUUUUGAGCAACAUUGUUUGGUUGUACAGAGGGUGUUGUUUCCAUAGCUAGCAAUUUGAUUGCUAGUUAUUGAUAGAAAGCAUAGACCUGGACAAUAUGUCUGCUCAUGGCCUGGAAACAGAGCCUCCUAGCUUCUUUCUUGGGUCAGAAGAUGCGGAACUCCUGCAUCAAAUGAAACCUCGAGAUUUUGAAGAUUUUGAUCAAGAUGAAGAAUAUGAUUCUCCACCAGAAAGGCAGAUUGUGGUUGGAAUUUGUGCCAUGGCCAAGAAAUCCAAGUCGAAGCCAAUGAGUGAGAUUCUGGGACGACUUUGCAGGUUCAAAUACAUCACUACUGUGAUAUUUGAAGAAGACACCAUACUAAAUGAGCCAGUGGAGCAAUGGCCACUUUGUGAUUGCCUCAUUUCCUUCCACUCAAAAGGGUUUCUAUUGGACAAAGCAGUGGCUUAUGCAAAGCUAAGGAAUCCAUUUGUUAUUAAUGACUUGAACAUGCAAUAUAAUAUUCAAGACAGGAGGGAAGUUUACCACAUUUUGAAAGAAGAAGGGAUUGAGUUGCCACGCUAUGCAAUACUAAAUCGUGAUCCAGAUAAACCUGAUGAAUGUAAUUUGGUAGAGGGUGAAGAUCAUGUCGAGGUCAAUGGGGAUGUCUUUCAAAAGCCAUUUGUGGAGAAACCAGUGAGCGCAGAGGACCACAAUGUUUACAUUUACUAUCCAACAUCUGCUGGCGGAGGAAGCCAAAGACUCUUUCGAAAGAUUGGCAGCAGAAGCAGUGUCUAUUCCCCUGAAAGCAGUGUCCGGAAAACAGGUUCUUACAUCUAUGAGCAGUUUAUGCCAACAGAUGGUACAGAUGUGAAGGUUUACACGGUUGGUCCAGAUUAUGCUCAUGCAGAGGCCCGCAAAUCACCUGCUCUUGAUGGUAAGGUUGAACGAGAUAGUGAAGGAAAGGAAGUUCGCUAUCCUGUCAUUCUAAAUGCUAGAGAGAAAUUAAUUGCUUGGAAAGUCUGCCUUGCUUUUAAGCAAACUGUUUGUGGCUUUGACCUGUUGCGAGCUAAUGGCCAAUCCUAUGUCUGUGAUGUUAAUGGCUUCAGCUUUGUAAAGAAUUCCAUGAAGUAUUAUGAUGAUUGUGCAAAGAUUUUGGGAAACAUCAUCAUGCGAGAGUUAGCUCCACAGUUUCAGAUUCCAUGGUCUGUCCCUACUGAAGUGGAGAACAUUCCUAUUGUACCCACAACAUCGGGCACAAUGAUGGAGCUUCGUUGUGUAAUAGCAGUCAUAAGGCAUGGGGAUCGAACUCCAAAACAAAAAAUGAAAAUGGAAGUCAGGCAUCAGAGAUUUUUUGAACUCUUUGAAAAGUACAAUGGAUACAAAGCAGGAAAAAUAAAGUUAAAGAAGCCAAAGCAACUACAGGAAGUCUUGGAUAUUGCAAGGCAUCUUUUGGCAGAACUGGGCCAGAAUAAUGAUUCAGAAAUAGAAGAAAGCAAAUCAAAACUUGAACAACUGAAAACUGUGCUUGAGAUGUAUGGACAUUUUUCUGGAAUAAAUCGUAAAGUUCAGUUAACAUAUCUACCUCUUGGAUGUACAAAGACUUCAAGUGAAGAAGAUGACAAUAAGAGGGAGGAGCCUUCACUACUGCUGGUGUUAAAGUGGGGUGGAGAACUGACUCCAGCAGGCAGGGUCCAAGCUGAAGAAUUAGGUCGUGCUUUCCGGUGCAUGUAUCCAGGAGGGCAAGGAGAUUAUGCAGGAUUUCCCGGUUGUGGUUUGCUUCGAUUGCACAGUACGUAUCGGCAUGAUCUAAAGAUCUAUGCAUCCGAUGAAGGGAGAGUUCAAAUGACAGCAGCAGCCUUUGCUAAGGGAUUACUAGCUCUGGAAGGGGAGCUAACCCCAAUUCUUGUACAGAUGGUUAAAAGUGCUAACAUGAAUGGCUUGCUAGACAGUGACAGUGACUCCCUGAGUAGUUGCCAGCAGCGGGUUAAAGCUCGGCUCCAUGAGAUUCUACAGAAAGACCGAGACUUCACUGCUGAAGAUUAUGAAAAGCUUGCUCCAACUAAAAACAGUUCUAUAAUUAAGUCAAUGCAGUUAAUCAAAAACCCUGUUAAGACCUGUGAUAAGGUUUACGCCCUGAUUCAGAGCCUGACGUCCCAAAUUAGAUGGAGGAUGGAAGAUCCCAAAUCAGCUGAUAUUCAGCUUUACCAUAGUGAAUCACUCGAAUUGAUGCUGCGAAGAUGGGCUAAAUUAGAAAAGGACGUCAAAAUGAAGAAUGGGCGUUAUGACAUCAGCAAAAUUCCUGAUAUCUAUGACUGCAUAAAAUAUGACGUUCAACAUAACAGUUCCCAACAAUUGGAGAACACAAUGGAACUGUACCAGUUAUCAAAGUCAUUGGCGGACAUUGUGAUACCUCAGGAAUAUGGCAUCACCAAGGCUGAGAAGAUGGAUAUUGCCAAAGGAUACUGUACUCCUUUGAUAAGAAAAAUUCGUUCUGACUUGCAAAGAACUCAGGAUGAUGAUACUGUUAACAAACUCCAUCCACUAUACUCAAGAGGAGUCUUGUCCCCAGAGCGACAUGUCCGUACUAGGUUGUACUUUACUAGUGAGAGCCAUGUACACUCACUUCUCUCUAUAUUGCGCUAUGGAGCCCUGUGUAACGAGGUCAAAGAUGAACAGUGGAAAAGGGCAAUGGGCUAUCUGAACUACACCAGUGAGCUUAAUUACAUGACGCAGAUUGUUAUCAUGUUGUAUGAGGACCCAAACAAGGACCCUUCUUCAGAGGAACGCUUUCAUGUUGAAUUACACUUCAGUCCUGGUGCUAAAGGAUGUGAGGAAGAUAAAAAUCUUCCAUCAGGUUUUGGAUACAGACCAGCUUCUCGUGAGAGUGAUAAUGGAAGCAGAGCCUUCCCGGCAAAUGACAAUGAUGAGGACUCCAUUUCAAGAAGAGAAGAUGCUGAAAAGGCCACAGUGUUGUUCAGGCCAAUGGUUUCUGACCCCAUUUAUAUACAUCGAAAAUCCCCGCAGUCACGCUCCAGGAAAAUAGGCUCAGUGGAAGAAGAGAGCCCCCUGAGUCUGUCUAGCCCAGAGUGUAGUGGUACCUGGAUGCAUUACACUAGUGGUGUGGGUGCUGGGCGUCGAAGACGCAGAUCAGGGGAACAAAUCACUUCUUCCCCUGUCUCCCCCAAAUCAUUGGCUUUCACAUCAAGUAUUUUUGGCUCAUGGCAACAGAUUCUUGCGGAAAACACUCCUCUUUUGCGAAUUGGAAGGCCCCACGCAGAGCAGAAAUACACUGGACUUGACGCCACACGCAGUUCUGCUGUAAAAAGAUUUUCUAUCUCAUUUGCUCGACACCCAACCAAUGGAUUUGAGCUUUAUUCGAUGGUGCCUUCCAUUUGCCCCCUUGAAACCCUUCAUAAUGCACUUUCUUUGAAGCAAGUGGAUGAAUUUCUUGCAUCGAUACCUGAAAGCAAUGCCCUUUCUGAUGCUCCUCCUACAUCCUCAGGUUCUGGAAGUGUUUUUUCCCUGGGUAGAAGAAUUUUAAAUACAUACACUCCAAGAAAGAUACUUCCAACACCUCAGUCAUCAGAUCAAGAUAGUAGCAGAUCUGCGUUCUCCAAUUGUGGAUCUUCCAGCAAUGUGUCUAUUGCAGGGCCAUCUUCACCGACAAAAAAUGCACCCUUCAUCGGCCUAAGCGACAACUCCAUAAAAGCUAAAGAUGACUAAAGCUGAUGAAUGGAAAACUGCAUUUAAGUAAGCUGGUCCAGACCAAUUUGUAGUACAUGGAAAUAAAUGAAAAUAUAAUAGCCUUAAAAAAUGUAUUCUUUGUGUUCAAAUACUUAAUUAAAAAGAAAAAAAAAACUAUCCCUUAAUCGUUUGUUUGUGCCAAGACAAAUCACAUGAACAGUUAAUAUUAAAAGUUGAUGGUAGGUAUUCCGUAUAUUUGUCAUUUUUAGAACAAUUGAAUUUUGGCACACAGUGACUGAGGUUAAUAUAAUGCUAAAUUUUUUAUUUCCUCCACCUGCAUAGCAUUUCCAGAAGAACUAAAACUGCAAUAGAAAGUUUCCUGUGUGGUGAAAUUGCAUUCGGUAAAGCUGUAAUCCAAAUAUGCAGUUUGGAUUUGAAUUCCCUUUAUAUGCUAAUCUUUAUUAAGUCAUAUUAUAACUAUGUUUAAUGGGAAAUGUGACAUCUCAUGUUUCAUAAAUGAAGUUGCACAUUUUUAGUCAAACUCAUCGUGUUUAAAAACUGUAAAAGCUAUUUGUCAACCAUUCUUUGCUCCCUUAAUGAGUAAUUUUACUCCCUAUAACAUUUCCACUUGAUGGUAAAAUGUAGGGAAAUUCAUGCAAAUUGUCUUGAAAACCCAAUUAUUGUAUUUGGUUCCAUUUAUCUAUAUUACAGUUUUUUUUUUCCAUUCAGAACACCUAAUUAUUAUAUUGUUAUUGCAGGUUAACAUGACGGAUCUUGUGUGCUUCAAUACCUUGUGUUGCUUUUCAAUUUUAGCUUUUCUGAAUAAAUGAUUAAAUGUGUGAGUGUGUUAAAAUUAAAAAAGUGAGCUAUUUAUAUUUCAUGAUAUACAAUAAAAAUUAGAUUUGUUUACAUAAUUCUGAGGAUAUAUUAAGCAAGAUUGAUAGACACCAUUUUUUUUCUCCCUUUUUAAAAAGAUUGUUUGCACCAUGUUUUGGAUUACACUAGUCACAACCAAGGUUAUAGAUGCAUGUGUAUGUCCAGACUCUAAUUCACAAUGUUACCGUGAUUUCAACCUGUAAUUGACUAAUAAGGUUUUUGUUUUGGGUGUAGGUUUGCAUUGGAGAAACGUGCAAUUUUGAUGAAAAAUUGUUUGUUCUUAUGUGUAUAAUAUAUAUAUAUUAUAGAGAAAACGUUGUUUAACGGAGCAAUUUUGAGCUAUGGUACUUGAUAAACAUUUUUGUAAAGGACAUUUAAACUGACACAGAAGUAUUUUUAUUUUGAAGAAUACAAGUUAUCAAUAAAUGUAGCCUUGGGUUUUUGUCUCAUUUAAAACAUUGCUUAACAUGCAAAUGUAGAGCUUCACAAUUUUAAGGAAGUUUAUUGAAAUUUAUGUUAGGUCACAGAUUUAGCUGCAAACAAAAUUUAAAUCUAAUCUAUAUAUGUUUUUAUAUGAAAUGGAUUACAGAUAUGUUUUGUAAAGGGGAUUAUGUAUCUGUAUAUAUUGUUCAGUACUUUGUUUUUUAUUGUUUACAUUCUAUGUUAUGGAACACAAAACUUUCACCUCUACAUUGAUUUUGUGUCCUAUUGUGAAUUAUUCUCCAGUUAACAUGGAAUAGCAUGUCUUAUGGAAAAUCUGUUACUUUAUAAGGUUAACUGCAUUCAGUGGAGCAUUCAGCAAUGUCAUGUUGAUUUAUAACCAUUUAAAAUAUGAGAAUAUUUGAGCUGUUGCCCAAGUACAUAUUUCUCCAACUGAGUUUUAACUGCAGUUUCAAACAGUAAAAAUUUGAUAUGUUUUGAACCACAUAUCUUUUGUUCCUGUAAAUUGGUCGUUGCAUUAUAUGUACCAAGUUUGCCAAAUAAACUAGCAUAUAUUGAA